AUGCACCCCUCCACGCGCGUCCUCGCUUCCAACAUUGCCCGCAACGAGGCCUUUAUCGUCGCCUCGAAGCGUACGCCCUUUGGCGCGUUCGGCGGAAAGCUCAAGGACCUCAAGGCGUCUGAGCUCGGCGGUCACGCCGGCAGGGCUGCCCUUGCCACGCUCCCGGAGAGCGUCCAGGUCGACCAAGUCUUCUUCGGUGGUGUCACUCAGACUGACAACUCGACUCCCUACCUCGCUCGCCAUGUUGGCCACCUUUCGGGUCUCGGUGUCGACAUCCCCGCCCUCACUGUGAACCGCCUCUGUGGUUCGGGUUUCCAGACGAUCAUCACUGCCGCUCAGACGAUUGGUCUUGGCGAGUCAGAUGUGUGUCUCACUGGUGGUUCCGAGGCCAUGUCCAUGAGCCCCUACACCCUCGGCGGCGCUUCGCGCUGGGGUAUGCGCUUCGGCAUUGACCAGAAGCUCGAGGACUCGCUUGCUGCCUGCCUCACCGACCAGAACCCCGGUGGCGAGAAGACCCCCAUGGGUAUCACUGCUGAGAACCUUGCCAAGAAGUACGGCAUCUCGCGCGAGGACUGUGACAACUACGCCGUCCAGUCGCAGGAGCGCUACGCCGCCGGUCUUGCUGCCGGCGCUUUCGCAGACGAGAUUGCGCCCGUGACUAUCAAGACUCGCAAGGGCCACCACGUCGUCGACGCCGACGAGCACCCCAAGCCCCACACGUCGCUCAUGUCGCUCCAAAAGCUCCCCUCGGUCUUUAUCCCCAAGACCGGCACGGUCACCGCCGGCAACGCCUCGGGUAUCUGUGACGGCGGUGCCGCCAACAUUGUCAUGUCCGAGGAGGCCAUGAAGAAGAACAAUGUCAAGCCCCUCGCCCGUAUUGUCUCAUACGCCUGGUCGGCUUGCGAGCCCUCUAUCAUGGGUAUCGGCCCCGCCGUCUCGGUCCGCAAGGCUCUCGAGCGCGCCGGUCUUACCAUCAACGACAUGGACCUCAUUGACAUCAACGAGGCGUUUGCCGCCCAGUGGCUCGCUGUCCAGAAGGAGCUCGAGCUCCCCAACGAGAAGACCAACGUCUUCGGUGGUGCCAUUGCCGUCGGCCACCCUCUUGCUGCCUCGGGCGCUCGUAUCACCGGUAACCUUGUCCACAACCUCCACCGUCUCAACAAGAGGUACGCUCUUGGUGGUGCUUGCAUUGGUGGUGGCCAGGGUAUUGCCAUUGUUCUUGAGCGUGUUUAA